AUGGAUGUCUACUACAACGAAGCUUAUGGCGGAAAGUAUGUCCCGAGAGCUAUUCUUGUUGACUUGGAGCCGGGGACUAUGGAUUCUAUUAAGGCUGGCCCUUAUGGUCGUCUCUUCCGACCUGACAACUUUGUGUUUGGCCAAAGCGGUGCUGGUAACAACUGGGCGAAAGGACAUUAUACGGAGGGAGCUGAGUUGGUGGACAAUGUUUUGGAUGUUGUUAGGAAGGAAGCUGAGGGAUGUGAUUGUCUUCAAGGAUUCCAACUGACUCACUCGCUUGGCGGUGGAACUGGGUCUGGAAUGGGGACUUUGUUGAUUGCAAAGAUUCGAGAGGAGUAUCCUGAUCGUAUAAUGUCUUCUUUCUCUAUUGUUCCGUCGCCUAAGGUCUCUGAUACGGUUGUGGAGCCUUACAACGCAACUCUCUCGGUUCAUCAACUUGUUGAGAACACCGACGAGACGUACUGCAUUGACAACGAAGCUCUCUACGACAUUUGCUUCCGGACUUUGAAACUUCAAAAUCCAACUUAUGGAGACUUGAAUCAUCUCGUGUCUAUAACCAUGUCUGGAGUGACAACUUGUCUUCGCUUUCCAGGCCAAUUGAAUGCUGACCUUCGCAAGCUGGCUGUUAACAUGGUUCCAUUCCCGCGUCUCCAUUUCUUCAUGCCUGGUUUUGCGCCACUUUCGGCUAAGGGCGCUUCUGCCUACCACGCCCAAAAUGUUUCUGAGUUGACUAUGCAAAUGUUUGACGCUAAGAACAUGAUGGCUGCUUGCGACCCACGACAUGGACGUUAUUUGACUGUUGCCGCCAUCUUCCGUGGGCGCAUGUCAAUGCGUGAAGUGGAUGACCAGAUGAUGUCUGUUCAGAACAAAAAUUCUUCUUACUUCGUCGAGUGGAUUCCAAACAACGUCAAAACCGCUGUUUGUGACAUUCCUCCGCGUGGUCUCAAGAUGUCUGCAACAUUUAUUGCCAAUUCCACCGCCAUUCAAGAAUUAUUCAAGCGCGUCUCUGAGCAAUUCACUGCCAUGUUCCGUCGUAAAGCAUUUCUUCACUGGUACACUGGCGAAGGUAUGGAUGAAAUGGAAUUUACGGAAGCGGAAUCGAACAUGAAUGACUUAAUCUCUGAAUAUCAACAAUAUCAGGAUGCUACCGUCGAUGAAGAGGCUGAAUAUGACGAAGUUACUGGGACUGUUGAGCAGGAGGAAUGA